AAGUAUUAAACAUAAUAAUAUUAACAAAUAAAACAAUAACACAAUAAAUAAUAAAUAUCUGCAUAUAUUUAUUGAUAUUAACGUAUUUAACCAUUACGUUCCAUUGGCUUUCGUACCAAUUGCAUUGGAGACAAGAACAGAUGGAGGUGUUGCAAAAGUGGACAAAAUCAAACAUGACUAAAAAGUAUUCAAAUGUAUUAAAAUUUGUUACUAAAAACUGUUCUCAGGAUUAGUGCCUGGCUUAUUGUCUUUAAAAGAAUAAUCGCUUAAAACUAUAUAAAUUGUUUCGGUGGAUGGGUUCCCGGAACUGCACUCUACGGCUGCACUUUGUUGUUUUUGCAAUUGCAUUUGUUUUGGAUGAUAGCGAUUAAGGCGUUUUGCAACCAGCAAUAAAAAUUUCCUCCUGACAACUGCAUUCGCUUUGGAUGAUGAUAGCGGUGAGCGCGUCUGGGGAUCAGCAAUAAAUCUUCCCUCCUGAUAAAAUAUAUCUAGGAACUUGAUCUCACAAAUUCAAAAACCCCUUCCCAAUUGCCAUGGAUACCAUAGACGAAUCUCAACCGAGAACUGCCAUGGAUACCAUAGAUGAGGCUCUACUGAAAACUGUAACCCACAACAUUCAAACAGGUUUAUACAAAUUGCGACUAUUGGACACAACUCUGCAGACUGUGUUUCACCACUUCAAUUGCAUUGUUGAUGAGAACAAUAAAAUCAUCAAUGGAUUGGUUAGUUGCAGACAAUGCUGUAAGCUUGUACAGUUCCAGGGUUCAAACUACAAGCAACGUCUAACGUUGCACAUGAUAGUUUGCGUGCCGGAUAGUGUUCGAAACGAUAUAGAAACUAAACUAUCCUCGGGUGUAUACAAUAUACACUACGAAGUUAAACGUGGCUCGCAAUUCCGUCACACGCUUUUAGCGAGAUUUUUCGCCCGUAUUUUCACAGACUCAUCCAAAACUAUCGAUGGCUAUGUGUGGUGUAUUAAAUGUUGGAAAUUACUCAAGGAGGUUUAUCUGCGAGCACAUCCAUGUUAUGAUCCCAAGGCAUUGCUAGCUAUUGCAAAGAGAGAAUCGGCAUUGAGAAAAAGCAUAUACAUUGGCUAUUAUAAGCUGUCGCAAGUUUCCGAUUCAUUGCAGAAAAGUAUAUGGAAAAAUUUCGCAUAUAUCACCCUGAAGAGACGGCAAUCAGUUUUUGAAAUCGAAUAUGGUAUAAAUGUUGAAUGUGAUUACAUUUAUUGUCGCCAUUGUCAAAGGGUUUUGCAUUACCCCGAAGAAGAUGAUGAGGAGCUGCAUCUGUAUCUGCAUAACUGCGGCGUGGAAAAAGACAAAUUGUUCCGAAGAAACUUGCAAUCCUCUAUAAAGUAUGUGGCUUACAAAAAAUCAAUUGAGAAUCGUAUACGAUUGUUUAGAUAUGCCCUGAAACCCAUAAAAAGCCAGAGACUGUUCAUAAAUGAACGUUUUGCCCAUAUCAUACUGGAAGAUAAUACCCAACUAAAAGAUAUGGUCUGUUGUUAUAAAUGCCUGAAGGUCAAGAAAUAUACCGAACCCCUGGACAUUUUCUAUUUGUUUCAACAUUCAUGUUGUUGUGUCCAGAACCAGGAUACCACGGGCGAUGAACUGAUAAUACGUGCCAAAAUGGAAGCUAAUAUUAGAGAAAAUUUAAAGAACGGCAAUUAUCGCACCGAACAGUUGACCAAUCAAAGAAAUGCUAUGUGGAAGGUGUUUGCAAUUAUCAAAACCGAAGACGACAAGACAUUGGAUGACUUUGUCUAUUGCCUGAAAUGUCGGGAAUUAUGUGAAUUUAAAAACAACAACACAUGUCCCGCACACAAAUGCCUGGAAAAAUACAAAGCCAAACAAAUGGCCAGACGUAUAGCCAUCAAUUUGAAAUGUGGCAAAUAUAAAUUGAAAUUUGUCGAGAAUCGCAAGAGUCGUAUGUGGAAGGUUUUUGCAGUUAUCUGUGAUGAGCAGAAACCCAUCAAGAAUUUUCUGUAUUGUCGGCAAUGUCAACAGGCCCUUGAAGUGAGUACGGGCAGUGAGAAGGAGAGUAUAGCCCAACAUGAAUGCCUGGUGAACUAUGAAGUGGUACAAGGGGGACAAGGAAAUGAAUCGAAAUUACAAAAAAACGAAUGUGAUAAUAGUGAAGAGCUGAAGGGGAAAGGAUCUAAACGUUUAUAUGAGAAUGACCUCGAGUCUAUUAGAAAUUAUGAAAAUAAAAGGCUGAAAGUAAAGGAGAAAUCUGUACCACUAGAAACGAAUAAUGAAUUCGAGCCAGGAGACUGUGAAAAAGGGACAAGAAAAGAGUUUCAAGAGGAUAAAACAACAGCUCCCAGAUGCUAUGGGCAACGGGAAAACAUAAAAUCAAAAAACACCAUAGGAUACGAUGCAGAAUCAGUUAAUAGCAAAAAUAUAGAAUCUCCACAUCGAACAGAAGAUAAUGAAGUCGUCUUCGAAAAGAUCCCAGGGACUCAAGAAGACAGUUCCUGUACCUAUAAACUUUGGUAUGAAAGGAAAGCAAGCAAUAAAAGCGAUGAUGAUAAGAGACAAGAAGAAAAUGUGGAAAAGAUAGAAAUACAAUUAGAACCAAUGGAAAAUGAAGAAGCAUCAAGUGCAGACAUAAGCAAGGUUGUGGAGGAAAUUGAAAACGAUAACAGCCUAAAUGUUGAUGAACAAAUUCCAGACACUUCAUGCAAUUCCCCUAUGAUACAAUUAGAGGGAGUAUCUGAAAAUAAUGAGCCUCAGGACAGCGUUUUAAAUGCAAUCAACAAUGAAUCGGGUAGUGUUAAUAAAAUAAUACACAUUAAGGAUGAACCCAUACAUUUGGAUUCAAAUUUUGAAUUUAUUGGUAGAAAUGAAGAAUUUUCUGUUGUUUGCUGUCGUCAUUGCCAGACUUUGUUGACAUACAGUGAAGCAAAUCUGGGUUAUCAUCAGUGUGUGGAAGCGGGGAAUGCCAAAAAUAGCAUUACCAGUUUGAAUCCUGAAAGGCCGAAGUGCUCCUCGGCCAGUGGCACAGCUGUUACAACUACCAUUGCGUCUCAGGGAAAUUCUGAAGAGUAUUUUGUCAUACAAGAACUUGAAGAUACUGCAGAAGUUCGGAUUAAAGAAGAGAUUGAAAGGGUAACAGAUAAUGAAAUAAUAGAUAAUUUUGGAACGAAUUCGAAUUAUGAAAAAAUUGGCUACAAGGAAAACAGCCGAGAUAACUUACAAACAUCGAAGAAAAUUUCCAAUAUUGUUGACAAAAAAUUAAAUACCAAUUCUGACAUAACAAUUUCCUCUGAAGAAAUCUCCAGUGGUGAUGAAGAAAGUUGCGAAAGUAUUGGAGACUUGCAAAAUAAUUCAGACUUUGAACUUAAUGUGGGGGAAAUUUCCAAUAGUGAAGAGGAAACAUCUUCCGAAAGUGACAUAGACUUGCAAAAUGAUUCCGAUUUUCCUAAGUUCAACAAUGAUGAAGAAAAAAAUAAUAAAGAAAAUUGCAAUGAUUACAUGGAUGUGGAAACGAAUAAUGAUGAGGAAAAUGAAGGAAAACUCACAGAUGGUGCUGAAGAAAAUUGCCGCCAGGAUGAAAAUGUAUUGCGACGCAGUGAUGGAAACUCGUCCCACAACGUUGAUGAGAAUUCCAAUGAUUGCAUAGAAUUGGAUAUCAAAUUGGAAAAAAGUGAUGAUUGUAUCGAAAUAGACAAUAGUGAAGAUGACGACGACGAAGAAAAGAGACUUGAUAAAAGCUCUAAAGAAAAAUGCAAUUCAAAGACCAAACACUCCGCGAAAUUGUCAGCAACAAAAAGUACAACAGAAUAUCAAUUAUUUUCAAGCGAUUUUGAAAAUAUUUACCAUGGAAAUUAUGCCGAAACAGAAGAUGAAAUUUAUAUAGAAAUUGAAAGUGAUUAGCAAAGCCAAUCACAAGUUAUUUUUGUAAAUAUCUGUAUGUAAGGUCUUUUCCAAGUAGCCAUUAAUAAUUAAACUAAAAUUUGGAUAUUUAGGAAGGUAAGGUAUGUAAGGUCUUUUCCAAGUAGCCAUUAAUAAUUAAACUAAAAUUUGGAUAUUUAGGAAGGUUAUUGUUAAGUUAGUUGAUAAAAGGAUAUCUUAAGUUCACAUUUUACAGACAAAUAAAAUACGAAUAAUUUAUUUUAACGUAA